AUGAAGAUCACGACAAUUUGUCACUGAAGACGACGACAAUAGGAACAACUGCAUUUGCAACGUCGACGAACCGCCCUUCGUGCAUCAAAGCUCUCGAAGCAUUGCUUUACCCGAUAGGAAUAGAUACCACUUCCAGCUACAACCGAUUUAGAGUCCGUCUUCAGACCGAGAACUGCUUUUCAUUCUUCAAAUGCUCCCUUCAUAAGAGAACCCACUCAGAUGAUUUGUGCCUUGCUGUGAAUGCUAGUAGUAAGUUGUCCUAUACCUAUUCUACGGAUUCCUUGCGAAUUGCAGCCCUUCUUUCUCAGUACCAGUCUUGGGUUUCGGGUCGUUCGCGGCAGAAUGAUACCACAG